AUGGCAAACCAAUGGGGACAAAAAGCAGAAGAAUUGGAAAUUUCAAAUAAAGUUGCAGGAUUAGGUUUAACGAAAAAAACAGAAAGUUUGAAAUCAGAUCCCGAUGAUGUCCCAGAAGCUGCAAAUCCGGCAGAAGCAUCGUUGUUAAUGAAAAUAAUAAGACAAGGUUUGGUUGAAUCAAAGUUGGAUAUUGAAGUUCAAAGAAAAGAUCCGAAUUCACCACUUUAUUCCGUCAAAACGUUUGAAGCUUUACAUUUAAAACCAAAUUUACUUAAAGGUGUAUAUGCUAUGGGCUUUAAUGCUCCAUCAAAAAUUCAAGAAACAGCAUUACCGACACUUUUGGCUGACCCACCUCAAAACAUGAUUGCUCAAUCUCAAUCAGGAACAGGUAAAACCGCUGCUUUUGUCUUGGCCAUGUUAAGUAGAGUUGAACCUGCUAAAAAUUAUCCACAGGUGUUAUGCCUUAGCCCCACUUAUGAAUUAGCAAUUCAAACUGGAGAGGUUGCUGCAAAAAUGGCAAAAUUCUGUCCAGAAAUAAAACUAAAAUAUGCAGUGAGAGGUGAAGAAGUAUCUAAAGGUACAAAAAUCACUGAUCAUAUCAUAAUAGGCACACCAGGAAAAAUGUUAGAUUGGGGUGUUAAAUUUGGGAUGUUUGAUUUAAGUAAGAUUAAAGUGUUUGUAUUGGAUGAAGCCGAUGUAAUGAUUGAUCGUCAAGGUCACCAAGAUCAGUGUAUUAGGAUUCACAAAUGCUUACCUUCUACUUGCCAAAUGAUGUUCUUUUCUGCAACUUAUGACAGUGCUGUAAUGGAGUUUGCAGAGAUGAUUGUACCAAAUCCAAUUAUUAUUAGGCUGUUACGUGAAGAAGAAUCACUGGAUAAUAUUAAGCAAUACUAUGUAAAAUGUAAAAGUCCUGAAGACAAGUAUAAAGCUAUUUGUAAUAUUUAUGGAGUAAUAACAAUUGGACAAGCUAUAAUAUUUUGUCACACCAGAAAGACAGCAAGUUGGUUAUCAGAGAAAAUGUCUCGCGAUGGCCACUCGGUAGCAGUUCUAUCAGGUGAACUCACAGUUGAACAAAGAAUAGCAGUACUAGAUCGAUUUAGAGCCGGUCUUGAAAAGGUCUUAAUUACAACCAAUGUUUUAUCACGUGGCAUAGAUGUAGAGCAAGUAACUCUUGUUGUAAACUUCGAUAUGCCAAUGGAUAUAAACAAAAAAGCAGACUGUGAAACAUAUUUGCACAGAAUUGGAAGGACGGGCAGAUUUGGGAAGGCUGGAAUAGCUAUUAAUUUGAUUGAUUCGCCUCAAGCAAUGCAGAUUUGUCUAGACAUUGAAGCACACUUUGGUAAAAAGAUACAUUUACUAGAUAUUGAAGAUGCAGAAGAAAUUGAAAAAAUUGGAGCAUAA